AUGCUUGCGACACCGGACGACUUUCAGAUGCCUUUGGAUUGUGCCCGCAAUGACGUGGUUGCUGAGCCAGACCCUGACCUAGAUGACUGGCAUUCCAUAAGCAACGACUUACCGAUAUUAGAUGAAUUACUGACCGUCUGGCAACAACCCAAUUGGGACACUCAAGGCCUUUUUGACUUGGCGUCCCACGAACCAUCUACUUCCCUCAACCUGUUCAGUCAGAGUCCUAAAAAUCAAAUGCAGCCCUAUAUUGACAAUACCACCGUAUCGACAUUGGCUCGCAAUCCCGCAAGCACUUUCCCUUUCCUUACCAGGUUUUUACAGUACGGAGGACUGUUGGACUCGUUCGAAUGUGGCAGUCUUUUUGAGAGACAGCAAAUUAUAAGUCCGCAGCUUCGGCGCAGAUGUACGAGAGGGACAUGCUCCGAUGAUAAUGAUCCAGCUAUAAAUAUCCAGGAUCUUCCAUCGGAAAUUGGCCCCGUUGAUGUCGCGAGCCCCUCGUUCUCAGAAGCGCUGUUUACUAGAACAGAGUGCCGGCCACAUCUUCAAUAUACCCAAAUGCUGUUUACGGAUGCAAGUACACCUGAUGACCUUAUCAAUUUAACGCCUAACUUCAUGAUGGACGACCAAUCUCAUUCUACUACUACUAGCUCCAGUGGGAUACACGAAGUGUACCAAUCUACUGCGGUCAAGAUUGUACAGAUGAUCAAGGAAGUCGCCUUUUUGAAACCGAGAGGAUCCAAGAUUCCCAUUGACUGGUCACCAGUUAUUGAACAGGCAUGUCUUGAGUUCUUCUCCCCUCUAAAUCUAGAAAAGUCCUUGAUUCUUUUCUGGUCAUGCUGGUAUGCGAACUGCCCUAUCUUACACAAGCCAACCUUUAUGGCCGAGACCAGGUCCCCUGCCUUGGUUGCUUCGCUGGCCCUUAUCGGCGCAUGUGUAUCGCCUGAUCCCGCCGACCGCAUACGUGCAAGUGUAUGGUUCGACAAUGUGGAGGAAGUAGUGUUCAGUGACGAAUUCCUUCAAGAUGAAUCUAUCGAAUUUUCCCACGAUUCCGUCUACGACGAUCCCAAAAUCUGGGGAAGGCUGGACGCUCUUCAGGCAGCAUUUCAUAUCUGUGUAUUGCAAAACUGGGAGGGUUCCAUGGAGAGCAAACGGCGCAUCCGACGAUAUCGAUAUACGACGGUGGUGGCUAUUGCGAGAGAACUUGGUCUGGAAAAGACCACUCUCGAGGAUCUUCAGCUAAAGGAUUUCUCUCAGUUCAAAUGGACAGACUUUAUCUUACUUGAAACAUUCAUUCGAACGGCAACAUACAUUUUCCUUGUCGACUCUUACUUCGUUGUUUUCCACCAUUCACCGCCACGAAUCAUGCUGGCCGAGCUUCAAAUGGAUUUAACCUGUUCUGAAGCCUGCUUUGAAGCGGAGACUGCGGAGGGUUGUUUUGCCCUUCUCUGCAGCUGGGCUAGAUCUAGCCAAAGUCAGCCGAGGCUUAGCAUACCAAGGGCAGUGGAAUUGCUGUGUGGGACCCCCGACCAGAGUUUAGACGUGUUUCAAAGCCUCAGCAUUCUGAAUAUGUUUACAAUCGUGACAGCGUUACACACCCUAGUUUUUAAUUGCCAGACAUCGUUGACUUGCAGCGAGUCUACCAUCACUUCGGCCGAGCGAGGGCUCAUGCAAUGGUCAUGGGCGUGGAAUAACGGUUGCUACAUGAGCAAACUCCGUAACUUUUGCGCUGGGGAAGACAUGUGGAAGCACACAGGGUUCAUACAGCAUGGCCCGGAAUUCUGCCUACUAGCUCGUGUUGUGCUAGAGCAACUCAAGGCACAGCAGGAUAGCAAUUAUGAGUCCCAGGCUGCGUGGUCAAGCAGCAACGGGAGAAAGUCCAAUGGCGCAAAGUUUGAUAACAGUGACAUGAGCCAGGUUACUCAGCUGAUUAGGAAAUUUCAGCAUUUCUCUGUCUCGGAGCUUCAAUACCCGUGGCUUUAG